AUGCGGCGGUCCAUCGCUCUUUUCCUUGGUCUCGCUGCAUUGGCCUCUGCUCAAGACACUGCGACUCCCACUAGUGUGACCGACGCAUUGACCACCACUCCGACUGACUCCGUCACUUCUGCGCCUGCCACCACUUCUUCGAGUACGAGUGACAGCGCAGAUUCCAACAGCGCAACAACUGCCUCAAGCACAACGCAAGGUCCUAUAACACACACGGUGGCGGUGGCUUUGGGAGGAUUCACAUUCGUGCCCGACGUGACCUUGGCCAAAGUAGGCGAUACAAUCUUGUUUCAAUUCUACCCAACCAAUCACUCCGUUAUUCGCUCAGAAUAUGGGUACGCUUGCAUUCCAUACGAGGAUACCGGUGUCGACAAGGUCGGAUUCUUCUCAGGCUUUAAGCCUGUAGAUGCGAUAUUGAGUGAACCACCUGAGUGGUCGAUCGUGGUCAAUGACACCAAUCCAAUCUUCUAUUAUUGUGGUGCACCGGGAUCAUGUAUUGACCAUCAGAUGGUUGGCGUCAUCAAUCCCAAUGCCACGACAUCCUUACAGCAUCAGAAAGACUUGGCAUCACAAUCCCAGUUCAUGCUACUGCCCGGUCAACCUUGGCCCGACGAGAGCGAGGAUCCGUUCACCACAGCGUCCGCGACUACCAGUGCGUCAGCGACUGCUUCACCCACCGGAGCUGGCUCCUCGAGCGAGACAACCGCCAGCGAGAAGUCAUCGUCCAAGUCAGGCCUCUCUGGUGGUGCGAUUGCUGGGAUUGCAAUCGGAGGCGCGGCUGUAGCUCUUGCGGCUGCUGUUGCCCUCUAUCUCUGUGGUCGGCAAUCUCGCGCUCGUGAGGUCAACAAUAAAAACAUUGAUGAUCGUCCCAACACAGGCCACGCAACACAGGUUUCCUACAAUCCACAAGCGCCGCAUGGCCAUCUGUCUUAUAUGACCGAUCCGACCAAGCAUAUGUCCAUGCACAGCAGUGUUGUAGGCCUGGGACCUUCUCCAGCCCUGCCUGGAUACGUACCUUCACAUGAUCCUACCAUGUCGCCCCCUCUCCAUCCAGCAUAUCCAAUGCCGAUGAGCGAUUCCUUGAGCCCUGGUCCGAUGUUGCCAGGAAGUGAGCUCGCCUCGCCACACAGUCCAAGCCCGAGCCAGAUGUACGCUGUCCCGGCGUACAGCAGCGGCGUUCCACAGAGCAUGUAA